AUGUCUUCCAACCCCAGGGAAGCUCCCAGCCCCCGCACUGCCCCUCCCCCUCCACCACCCCCGCUAGGCAGCGACAGGGAGUCCACUCUUUUGGCAGCACCUCGGCCUCCAAUUGUGGCCGGAACUGGCCCUGCGGGGGCCUUUAUGGUCCAACUGUUGAUUUAUAAUGGUCAUCCGUUCAAAGACCAUUGGGCGUACUGGGUGUGCUCGCAUGCCAGCCCUGACUACGGUGUCAUGAUUCAUGCAACUGGAGAUGUGCGAAACGGUUUCAAAUUCGAGGUGAAGCGUGGCCACGACUUCCGGGCUACCCAGAAUCCUCCCAGCAAGAGGAUUCCGCUGCAAUGGGUCAGUGGGGAAUACUUCGAUGAAGGGACCAUUCUCAACAAUGGACAAUACAAGAUUGACAAUGAUCCUGUCUGUGGUUUUGAGGCUAGUGCCCACAAAGUCAAGGCUCCUGGAAAGUCUCUGAAUACGACUGAUAGCAAGAAGGUCACUCAGAGGAACUGUCAAACAUGGAUUGUUGAGUCUGCCGAUCAACUUGUCAGAGAUAAUAUAUUCGACAAGGAUGUUGCCGAUUACCUUCACGCAAUCCAGCAGUGA